UAAUCAUCAAGAUCAAGGGAAUCACAAAGGCUGCAGCCAAGCCACAGGGGUGUGUCGGUCACGGCACCGCGCUAUAUAACGCCGCAGCGCCGCUCCUCGGCAGUCACUGCCGCUGCAGCUCCCCGCUCGCCAUGUCCCUCCAGGUUGUUGUUGCCGUGCUGUCCACCCUGGCGGUCGCCGCCCUCGCCGCUCCCAGCAACCUGCCGAGUUACCACGCCCCUGUCCACCCCGCACCAUCCUACCACGCCCCCGCUCACCCCACGCCCUCCUACCAUGCCCCCAGGCCCUCCUACCACGCCCCGGCUCAAUACGCUGACGUCGCGCCGCACUACAAUGCCCAGUACGCCGUGAAGGACGACUACAGCGGCAACGACUUUGGUGCCCAGGAGGCGCGCGACGGCUACAGCACCCAGGGCUCCUAUCACGUGCUGCUGCCCGAUGGCCGCCUGCAGCGCGUUACCUACCACGUGGACGGCGACUCAGGCUAUGUGGCCGAGGUCACCUACGAGGGCGAGGCGCAGUACCCCCAGACUUACGGCCACGCUCCUGCUCCUUCCUACGGCCACGCCCCCGCUCCUUCAUACUCCCCCAGGCCAGCCUAUGGCUAAAUCAAAGGUACCCUGCACCCUGGUCCCAGCCUGCAGGUCACAGCGAUCAUCAUGAACCAAAUACUCAUUGCAUGGGAAGACGGUGCCGCGGCUCCGGGAGAUGGCCGUGAUAAGGACCGCCUCCCGUCCACCGCCCGUCCCUCAGCCCUUCACUCCCGCUCCUCCCUCCAGGCUGCCUUAUGGGGGAUAUUUAUACUUAGCAAGCAAUAAAUAUGAAAUAUAGUCA